ACAUAGGAUGACGUUGCGUGCCUCGCACCGCCUGCUGGCUAUACUAAGACGUUGUACUACUUCCACCCACCUGGUCCAGCGAAGCAGCCACACAACAUCGCACAGAAGCCAGGACAACGGGGAAGACAGUGGACGAGAUCGUCAGGAUGGCGAGCAAAAGGACAGCGGCCAGAGGAAGUUCGGGUGGCGCAGCCUGGUCCGCUUCUUUGUGCCCUUCUCCCUAGGGGCGGUGGCCAGUACGUUGGUGAUCGAGCGAGAAGAGCUCACGCCCACGAUAGCCGCCAGAGCGAUGUCCAGCCGGAGGCGCGACUACAACUUCAUCGCCGACGUGGUCGCCGGUUGUGCGGACUCCGUGGUCUACAUCGAGAUCAAGGAUACGCGACACUUUGAUUACUUCAGCGGUCAGCCCAUUACGGCCUCGAAUGGCUCUGGAUUCAUCAUCGAACAGAACGGCCUCAUCCUGACCAAUGCCCACGUGGUAAUCAACAAACCGCACACCAUGGUCCAGGUGCGGCUCUCCGACGGCCGGACCUUCCCCGCCACCAUCGAGGACGUGGAUCAGACCUCCGACUUGGCCACGCUGCGCAUCCAGGUGAAUAACCUGUCAGUGAUGCGGCUGGGGAAGAGCAGCACCCUCCGUUCCGGUGAAUGGGUGGUGGCUUUGGGUAGUCCCCUGGCCCUAAGCAACACGGUCACGGCCGGCGUCAUCAGCUCCACGCAGCGGGCCUCCCAAGAACUUGGCCUGCGGAACAGGGACAUCAACUAUCUGCAAACGGAUGCUGCCAUUACGUUCGGUAACUCGGGCGGUCCCUUGGUCAACCUUGACGGCGAGGCCAUUGGCGUUAACUCGAUGAAGGUGACGGCGGGUAUAAGCUUUGCCAUUCCCAUCGACUAUGUGAAGGUCUUCCUGGAGCGGGCGGCCGAGCGGCGUAAAAAGGGAUCGGCCUACAAGACGGGCUAUCCUGUGAAGCGCUACAUGGGCAUCACCAUGCUGACGCUCACGCCUGACAUACUGUUCGAGCUGAAGUCUAGGAGCCAGAAUAUGCCCAACAACCUCACGCACGGGGUGCUGGUGUGGAAGGUCAUUGUGGGAUCUCCGGCGCACAGUGGCGGUUUGCAACCCGGCGACAUAGUGACCCACAUCAACAAGAAGGAAAUCAAGAACUCCUCGGAUGUGUACGAUGCCCUGGCCGACAACAGUAAAACGCUGGACAUAGUCAUCCUGCGCGGCGUGAAGCAGAUGCAUGUGACCAUCACGCCAGAGGAUCCCUAAUGAACGCCAUCUCCACGCUACACACUAACCUGUUAGCAUAGAUCAUAGCAUGACCAGAUUGUGUUCGCAUGAUUUGCAAUAUAUAUAUAUUUGUAACAGAAA